GGAAAUGGGGGGCGGAGUAAAGGAGGAUACGUCAUUUUCCUGGGCGCUUCCAAAUCGCUAGGGCUAAAGAUACAACCUUUUAUUUUUUAUGUAUACAAACCAGGAAGAAUUGAGGAGCAUUUGAACCGCUGUAGCCCGGGAGUGAGUCAGGGAAGAAGGAAGACAAUGUGAUUGUGCAUUCUUUCCUUUCUUCUCCACUGGUGGGCGCCUUGGACCCAAAUCGUAGAGCUGACUGUUUGCAGGACGCCCAGACCUGGCUCCCGGGUUGUCAUUGGUGAAAGCCAAUGUAGAGCUUUGGAAGCGGAUGGACUUUUUUCCAGUUUCUGGCGCCCGGCCAUUUCCCCAGGGCUGGAGCGUGUGGGUGAGGCUUGUCUAAGCCAUGCCCCGCCUCCUCGUUUUUCUCUGGAGAAUCAGAAACUUAACUUCGAGACAGAUAUUCCCACAUUGGAUGGAAAUGUCUUGAACCAACCAUUCUUAAAUGAGAAGCGAGCCUUUUGUGGAACCUCUGAAUUUACCACCAGCCUAGAUGAGCAGUGAUUUUUGAGAGAAUUUGGAAUGAGACUAAUUGACAUGGUUUGUCUAGGUUAUUGGAUUGAUGAGAUCCAGUGGCUAACUAUGGUCACUCUGUUCAUCGCUGCUUUGGUGACUGUAAGCGUGUAUUUGGUGCAAUAUGCCUUGGUCAUUGUUGGAUCUAGUCCCUGCAGAAUGUCAGCAGACUCCUUCCAGACAAUACAGAAGGAUGACUUGGGGUUCUUGCUGAAAUGGGUACUAUCCCUAAACAGCUGGAGGAGACAGUGGCAAGUGGCUUGGGUAACAGCUUUGAAUGAAGAAGCUAAACAUAAAGGGGGACCACUAUUUCUUACAUUUGAAGAGGACCAAGUUCAAAAUCCCUUAGAGCUAGUAGUUCAGCCUAUUGUGAAUGUUGGCAAGUCUGUACAGAAGGUGGUAUCCUAUAAUGUUGGAGGAAAUUCAAUUCAAUUUAUUGUUCAUGUGUUUUCUGCUUCAUCUGAUGCUUCAAAAUGUCAGUCAUAUGGUGUACAGCUAUCUCCAUUUCAUUUACAGUUGGAACUUCAUAUGAAAGAGAAAAGAGAAGACAUAUUGAUAAAGUGGUCCUUCCUCAAUGCUUCAGAGAUAAAUAUAAAAAUCCAGCCUAAAGAAACACAGGAGGAUCAGAUAAUUGGGACACUUGAACUAUCCAAAGCUCUCAGGGAUAUUUUGAAACAUCUAGUUAGUUCAGUCUCCCCAUCAGUGGUUUUGAGCAUAAAAACUGUGGAUGUAAGAGAGGCAGAAAGUAUGCGCCAUACUUCAACUCUUCCCCAGGACUUGUGCCCUCCUAAACCCCCAAGAGUUCACAAGCUUAAAUUGUUAGUGAAGAACAUUCAAGCAACACUGCUGAAUAAUCGUGGUUCUUCAGGUAGCUUAAACUGUUUAUUUGUGACUCAAUUAAAUGAUCCUUUUCAGAAGUUCUGCAGCUCUGUAACUGAAAGUACCACAAACUUCACUUGGGAUGAGGUGUUCACUUUUGAAUUAAAUGCCAGAUCCAAAGAGUUACAAAUGCAUGUUUUAGAAGAUGGGAAGUCCAAAGAUGAUCUAUUCUUUGCUUUGGCAACUGUUCCUAUAGAUGUAUUCAAGAAACAGCCCUCUGGACAACAGUGCUUUGUUCUGAACAAUGGGUCCAGCUAUAAUUACACUGUCUUGGGAUCGAUCACUGCAGAGUUCUUUUACAUAGAACCUAAUGAACCAAAAUCAUGGAAAAAUCCUCCUCCUGUUCCUUCUGCAAAGAUGGAAAAAGACCAAACUGUGAUGCCUUCUGGGACUACUAGUGGUGCCUUCAUGGUUAAUUCUCUAACCACUAUGAAAACAAAUCCUGGAUUAGAUGUGGAUAGAUUUUCUGCAUUGAAUUCUGAAUUGUUGGGAUUGAAUAAUUCUGAUCCAGUUGCAGAAGCUGCUGUUCAACAGCUAAGUCAUUCUUCAAAUUUGAAAUUCAAGUCACCAAGGAAGACUAAUACUAUUAUCAUAGAAGGGGAAUCCAAGAUUUCAUUAUCUCAGGACAGUGAAGCUCCACUGAUGAUAGACUAUGCAGCCUCCAUGGACAGCACAUAUCAACAAGAAUUCCCUUCAUAUUAUGAAGAAGUUGUAUCUACUGAACUUAUUGAUGAAACUUUAUCAAAACAUGUAUUGCCUGCCUUAGAAACACAAGAAAAUGAAUUUGAUACUUGGAAACUGGAGAGGAAUGCCAAAUCUGAAGAGUGGAAUAGUGAUGCUCAGAUAGACCAGGAUAGUGAAGAAAAGCCAAGGAGUUUAUCGGCAGUUUUGAGAAAAUAUAAAGGUGGAAUUUUAAGAAAGGGAGCAAAAAUCUUCUUCCAUCCAUGGCAUCAUCAGAAAAAUCCUGGAAUGAGCCAGUCAAACAAUGACCUUAUCUUCCUGCAGCAACCUGAUGAGAUUCACAGAAAAUCAACAAAGAUAACAAGAACUUUUAAUAAGAAUCUACUUUCCAUAUGCAGAAGCAAGAGCAAAUUGAAUGUCUUCUCAGUGGAUCCCUCUUUAUAAAAGUCUGUGUUAACUUAUGUGACAUGCUUAUGAAUUGACCAAUUGUUUCUGAAUCAAUGAAUAUAUGAACAUAGCAUCCAGUUGUAUACUUUGAAAAGUGCUAUUUGUUAGCUCUCUGCAUCUUUGUAAAAGGAUAGCUCUUUGGCUAUUUGACAUUUUGUUUAGAGGGCUUAAUAUUUGUUUUUUAAGACUGACAUAUUAAAUAGGUAGAUAGAAAAAAGAUUGAUGUAUAAUUUUGAAAUAAAAACAAUACUAAAA